GUUUGACUUCUAUGUCAAUGCAGAUGACUCUUGUGGAUUGUCUCAGGAAUUUGUAGCUAGCAUGACAAUCAUGGGGACGUCUGCUCUACUCAUGUCACUGGCCACAUCUUGGCUGGAGUUGAGGGUUAUAGCUUUGGGUAUAAAAAAUGUGUUCUUAACUUGGGUUAGUAGCUCAAGUUCAACUCCAGGCUCUCCUAUAGGCUUUAACCUAAACUACAAAUGAGUUGAAAGCAGAGUUGCUGUGUCUUUUAUUUUAAUCCAAGUUAUGAACAGACUUUGGAGGAGGGGUAGGGUAGAUAUACCCUUUAUCCAAGACUGUCGAUUUAGGGCUGUAUCUAUCCAGGUGGCGCAAAAGACCUGUUUCAGUGGUCCAGCCUUGUAGAAUAUCUAUCAGGUUGCUUUCGGGAAGUGUACUCUUUCUAAAAGAUAACUUUAGCUAUGAAUUGGUUGAAUUUUGUAAUCUAUUGUUCAUGGCCACUGAUAUAGUGGCCCCCAAAAGCCAUCUCCCAGUCGUGCCCUGGCAUGGUUUCUGUGGCUUACAGAUUAUUUGGUGGGUGAAGCAAAGAGAUGGCUAGCGUGUGGGAAGUAUCUAACUGAGAAAAUGAAUUUUGAAAUUUAUGCUGUGGAAGUGAAAGAGACAAAGAUUUGGGACUAAGCUAUGUGAGGGACUGCUGUUUUCCCUAUGUAAUUUCUGCAACAAUUGAGGGUCAGAGGAGGUGCUUGAGUUCUCUCAGGUUUGAGAGUAAAUUACCAGUUGGGGUUCCCCAUUAAGACCCUCUACUUUGGAAUUUGCUUUCUUCCUGAGACUUGUUAACAUUCCAAGCUCCAAGAUUUGCUUUUUUCCUGCAGUGUGUAUGGGAGGAGGACAAAGUUGAGCCUCUUUUGGAUGACUGUUGUUAGGAGAGGACCAAUUUUGUUUUAGCCAGGAGGGUCAACCUGUAUAUGGAAUUUGAAUUACAUUAUACUGUAGUUUGAGUGUCUGUAGCCUUGUGGGAUGGCCAGCUUUUGAAAUAAAUUAAAAAAUAUUUGACUUAAAUUGUAGAAUAAAUGGAACUAUUACAAAACUUAUAUUUUAAUAGGUGCUGAAUGCCCCUCAGGCUAUAACAUUUGGUACCACAAAGGAGCAUAACUCCCCAUACUGAAGAUUUAAAAACAAAGCUUGAUGAAACAGUAGAUCACUUUAAACACUGAAUUGAUUACAAAUGUUUGUGUCCAGAAUGAAGUUUUAAAAACAUAACUUGCAAAAAAUGGAAUGUGUGUAAGAAUAUAAAUCUGCCAUUCAGUCAAUUAAAAGGGAUAAACAAUGCACCAAGGUGUAAACUUAAUACCUAUUGUGAACUUGAGAUGCCCACUCUUGUUUUGAGGAAAGGAAGGACAUUAAUUAUCAAACAUCUCUUCUCAUUCAUUUUAUAUAGACAAUCAACUUUCUCAUUAAUUUCAACAUAUUCUGCUACUCUCUUAAUAUUCUGUAGUUAUGAAAGUUAGUAUGAUGCUUACAAUAGCACAUGAUGAAUAUAACGUGUAUAUAUAUUUACAUACAAACAACUAUAUUAAGAUUGCAGAGUCAGAAGUUAGAAAACGUUGGAAUUAAGGUUGCCUGUACAACCUUAAUUUGCCCCCCUUGUGUAUAUGCAUUAUAAUCGUCUUUAGUUACAUUAUCACCAUUUUUUCUACAGGACAGCUGCCUCAUUCAGUGCCCAGGUUGGACAGUGCUAACUGUAUGGGUGGCUAUUCAAUAUAUCUUUUAUACUCAUUCAGUGUGCAGUCCCAUUCAAUAUUUCUGCAUGCCAUUCAUGUGCUUUUCUGUGGUACUUACCACGGUAGUACCCGAGUGCUUCACAAAUGUUAAUGAACUUAUCUUCAAUAAACCAUUGUAAGUUAGGGAGGUGGCAUUAUCCCUAUUGUAGGACAGGUGACGAACUAAGCCAUAGAGAAGUUACAGUCCAAACUGUCAGGUAUUCACUAAAAUCAGGAGACUUAAUUUCUCAGAGUAGUUAGCAUUUUUAUAGCAUUUCAUAUGUUCAAUGCACAGCUCUAAUUGACUUUAGCUGCAGUUGUGAGUGCUCAGCUCUUCUGCAAAUCUGACUCCAGGUGUCUCAAGUUGGGUACUUUGAAAUAAGGAACACAAUUUGUAGCCACCUGUGAAUGUUUUGGUUGACGUGACUUGUCAGCAUUAUGUAAGAACUUCAUGGCAGAGGCCAGAAUACUAUUCAGUUCUCCAAGGUGAUAUUCAACUGCUUAAACUGAAAAACCCUCCUUUCUCUUCCUUACAGUCUUUCCUCAUUCACUACACACCUCCUAACUUCUGUAGCAAAUGAGAGAGGUCCUGCAGACAACAGCUUCAUUCACAAGCCUGAUUCAUUCCCUGAACACAAUUUAUAGUGUGGAGUGAAUGAGCCAGGGGUCUUGUGGGAAAAAUAGCAUGUGAUCAUGUAAUUAAAGACUAGAUGCACAAGGGGACACAUUACAGUUGCAUGGAAAACCUUAACUCUAGCACGUCCUCCCUUUUAAGUGCUUGACUUUGGAACAUUAACUUUCUUUUAAAAUAGAUUUUUGCAUGUAAUUUCCUAUUUAAAAACAAAACAAAACUGAAAAUUGAUCCUAGCUUGGAGCAAUAGCAGGCUUGGAACUUUUAGAUACAUAGCGCAGGUCUGUACCAUUUGAGCUAAUGAAGUGACUGGUGGCAGUAGCAGGCUUUUGUCCUCUUGUGUGGACCAUCCACUAAAGGGAGAUGAUACUUGCCAGUGGGUUUCACAGCUGUUUGCUAGGCAGCAGAGGAGUAUUUGGACUCAGGAAUCCUGGAUUCUGUCCCAGAUUCUGGAAGGACUAGGGACUUUUCCUGUAAAUUACUCAAGCAGAGAUAUGCCAAAGCAAUAUCGUUUUCUUCUAAACAAGGACUUGUUGUGGGUUCAGUUCUCAGGAUUUCACACAGAUUUACACCAUCAUAAGGACAAUUCUUUGGUAUCCAUUUCAGAUGAACCGGACAUGUUAUACAGGAAAUUAUCAGUUUUAAUUAAAGGCCAUGAUAAAACCGUGUUGGACAGUUAUGAAUAUUUUGCUGUGCUUGCUGCUAAAGAACUUGGCAUCUCCAUUGAAAAAAUACAUGAACCUCCCAGGAAGAUAGAACGAUUCACCCUUCUGAAGUCAAUACACAUUUUCAAGAAGCACAGAGUUCAGUAUGAAAUGAGGACGCAUUAUAGAUGCUUGGAGUUAAAACAUUUAACUGGCAGUACAGCUGAUGUCUAUUUGGAAUACAUCCAAAGAAAUUUACCUGAAGGGGUUGCCAUGGAAAUAAAAAAGACCAAAUUAGAGAAACUACCUGAACAUAUUCAGAAACCCAUUUGGGACAAGCUACCUUCAGUAGAAGAAGCAGCAAGCACGUCAUGAGCCCUUCAUGUACUAAAGCUUUUUCACAUCUGUUAGCCACGGAAGCUCAGCCUCUGCUUGUUAACAUUUUAAACACAGCAUCUUCUCACAGGAGUUACCCUCUAUUCAACCUCAAACCCUGUCUUAAUUUUACAAACAAUACUUAAAAAAUUAUGAGGAGACAGGUCAUUUGCUACCCUAAUUAUCAGUGAGUUAGGAUCCCAGCUCCAGGCCAUUAGCAGAAAGACUGUACUGCUGUGAAAAUGUUUUGUCUGUUUUUCUUUAUUCUAAGUCUUAUGUGGCCAAAACUUGAUAAAUGUACAUGAACAGGUCAUGGAUGUACGGUAAUGGUUUAUUUGUGCAUAAACACCACAGGAUUUGUGAA